AUGGCAGGCUUUCUCUGGCACAGAGGCAAGGAGUGGGUAUCAGCCUGGGACUACUCCUUUAGAUGGACUGAUGAGCAUCUCACAUCCGACGACCUUCGGCCGUUGAUAUACACAUACGAUGAGCUGGGAGCUCAAGCCCUGGACAGACUGGAUGAGAUUUCGCCACCCGUCAAGCCCCCAACACCCAGCGAAAAAGGAGACAACUCCCCAAAGGAGAAGUGCCCUCACCGAGAUCUUUACGCUCUUUUGAGAGACAACGCCGGCUCCGAUGAGAUCCUGGGGAAACUAUGGACGGAAGUAAACACCAUCCCGGAGUGGGUAGACUGGGCCCAAAUCGAGCGCGGUCAAAAAGUCUUCGUCCGCUACGCCGGCCCAGCCAUUUUCGCACUCACCUUUCAAUCCCUCGUAGGUGGCUUCGGCGGCCGCCGCGUAGUCGAGACGCUCGCCCGCACAGGUGGCUUCGGCGUCAAAGUAACCCGCCGCCGCCUCCUCGAGACCUUCCAGCACAUUCUCCAGGUCACCCGGGACCUGCCGUCCAUCCAGCCCGGCGGCGAGGGCUUCGCGUCCUCCAUCCGCGUCCGCCUCCUCCACGCCGCCGUCCGCCGCCGCAUCCUCGCCCUGGCCAAGGAGAAGCCCUCCUACUACGACGUCCAGGCCUGGGGCAUCCCCGUCAACGACCUCGACUCCAUCGGCACCGUCUCGACCUUCUCCGCCACGCUCAUCUGGAUCGGCCUGCCGCGCCAGGGCAUCUACAUGACGGACCGCGAGAAGGAGGACUACCUCGCGCUGUGGCGCUGGGUCGCACACGUGCUGGGCACCCCGACGGACGUGUUCGAGAGCGUCGGGCGCGCGAGGGCCAUGAUGGAGAGCCUCAUGGUCUCGGAGAUUGAGCCGUCCGACACGUCGCGCGCGCUGGCGACCAAUGUCUUGACCGGGUUGAGCAACCAGCCGCCGUCGUACGUGUCGAGAAACUUCCUCGCGGCGGAGACGUAUUGGUUGAACGGACCGAAGCUGGCGCGGGCGUUGGGGGUCGAGCGGCCGCCGUUUUACUACUCUCUCCUGGUCGUCGGGCAGUGCAUCUUCUUCAUGGUGAUGUGUUACUCACAUCGCUUGUUCCCGGGGUGGGACGAGAAUCGAAAUAAGAAACUCCAAAAGGGACUCUUCAACAUAACAAUCAACAAGCCCGAGCUCGGCGCCCUGGGAAAGGAGACCAACUUCGAGUUCCAGUACAUCCCGACGCUCGACAUGAUGUCCACCGAGGCCGCGAGCCGAACUCACCACCACGACGCAAACCCGGCAGACAAAGACAGCGGCAGCGGGCCCUCCCCCGCGCGGGUGCGGCGCGUGCGCAAGACGGAGCGAAGGAACCUCGCGGCGCUCAUCCUGGCCCUCGUCGUCGCGGGACUGCUUUCUUGGCUGGGUGUGAGGAGCGCCUCAGCGCUGUUUGGGAGCAUCGCCGGGAUGUCGCCGUCGGCUUGGUGA